AUGGCCGAGUCCCAGUCUUAUUCCACAGACCCCGAAUGGGCCAACAUUCAGCCCAUCGAACUGGAUGAUGGCUCUGAUUCCGGUUCCUUGCCAUUGGCCACCAUCGCCUACCCGUCGGAGUACCUCGAGGCCACCUCGUACCUGCGCGCCGUGAUGGCCGCCAACGAGAUGUCCGAGAGGGCGCUGAAGCUAACGGAAGAUAUCAUCUCCAUGAACCCCGCCCAUUAUACCGUAUGGAUCUACCGAGCCAAAAUUAUCUUCGCCCUGGAAAAAGAUCUCCACGAGGAGCUCGACUGGCUGAACCGCAUUUCCCUGAAGUUCCUCAAAAACUAUCAGAUCUGGCAACACCGUCAAGUCCUAAUGGCAUCCACGACCCAUUUCCCAACACUCCCACCCAAGGAGCUGGACUUCCUAAUGGACAUGUUCGCCCAGGACUCCAAGAACUACCACGUCUGGACGUACCGCCACUGGCUCGUCCGCCGAUUCCAGCUCUGGGACACGCCCCGCGAAACCCAAGACGUGGAGAGUCUGCUAAACGCCGACGUGCGGAACAACUCCGCCUGGAAUCACCGAUUCAUGCUACGGUUCGGCCCCCGCGCCGACGAGCCCGACGCCGGCAUGCCCAACAGCAACGGCCCGGCUGCCGAGAAGGGCCAAUUGGCCGUCGUCGACGAGGACCUGGUCGAUGCGGAGCUGGAGUACGCAAAGUCGAAGAUCCUCUUGGCUCCUGAGAACCGUAGUCCCUGGUCGUAUGCGCGCGGGGUCCUCCGGGCCUCGGGACGUCCGCUGUCGGAGUGGAAGGAUUUCGCUCGGCGGCUCGUCACGGAUAAAUUGGAGGAUGGACGGCUGGUGGAUGUCGAGGUGAAGAGCAGUCAUGCGCUGGAGUGGCUGGCGGAUGUGUAUGCGGAGGAGGGUGAGCCGUCGCCGGCGGAGGCGGUGCGGAUGCUGACGCUGCUGAAGGAGAAGUAUGAUCCUAUUCGGAAGAAUUACUGGGAUUAUCGGAUCAAGAUGAUCUCGAGUCCUGCGGUGGCAGCAGCUUGA